GGAGGUGGUGGUGGCGGUGGCGGCCGCGGCGGCGGUGAUGGAGGUGGUGGGGGGCGUUUUGGGGUCUCACGCCAUUCUGAAUAUCGAGUUAUUGUUCGUGGACUCCCAUCUUCUGCAUCAUGGCAAGAUUUGAAGGAUCAUAUGCGAAAAGCUGGUGAUGUUUGUUUUGCUGAGGUUUCCCGUGAUAGUGAAGGGACUUUUGGUCUUGUUGACUACACUAAUUAUGACGACAUGAAAUAUGCUAUUCGGAAACUGGAUGACACUGAAUUUAGAAAUCCUUGGGCUAGAGCUUAUAUUCGGGUGAGGAAGUAUGAGAGUAGUCGUUCACGGAGCCGCAGCAGAAGCCCCAGCAGGAGCAGAAGUCCAAAGAGGGCUAGAAGCAGAUCUUUGGAGCGAUCUGUGUCUAGGUCACGAUCUAGAUCCAGAUCAGCAUCACCAAUCAAAUCUUCCAGGCCAAGAUCACGUUCACGAUCUGGAUCUCCACGCCAGGUGCUGUCAGGUAGCGGUUGAUUUACGGAUCAAAGCAGGUGGUUCUCUGGAGUUACUGUCCCAUUCUUGGGCAGUAUUGGCAUUAUGUUUGAGUUGGUUUAAUUUGUUUGAUGGAAAAUCAUUAAUGUACCAGAAUUGUUUUCUUGGUAAUUCAUCCGUUUGCU